CGAACUCCAGCGGCUGGACUGCGAGGGAGUCACGCAACAGGAAACUUUACAAGAGUAUCUUAAGAGCCUGAGGAAGCAGCCGAGGAGCAGACAGCAGAGAUGGGGAGUGGAGCCAGUGCUGAGGACAAAGAACUGGCCAAGAGGUCCAAAGAGCUAGAAAAGAAGCUGCAGGAGGAUGCCGACAAGGAAGCCAAGACCGUUAAGCUGCUGCUGCUGGGUGCUGGGGAGUCAGGAAAGAGCACCAUCGUCAAACAGAUGAAGAUUAUUCACCAGGAUGGCUAUUCGCCAGAAGAAUGCCUGGAGUUCAAGGCUAUCAUCUAUGGGAAUGUGCUGCAGUCCAUCCUGGCUAUCAUUCGGGCCAUGUCCACGCUGGGCAUUGACUAUGCUGAACCACGCUGUGCGGAUGAUGGGCGGCAGCUCAACAACCUGGCCGACUCCAUCGAGGAGGGAACCAUGCCUCCCGAGCUGGUGGCGGUCAUCAGGAGGCUGUGGAAGGACGGCGGUGUGCAGGCCUGCUUCGAGAGAGCCGCAGAGUACCAGCUCAAUGACUCAGCAUCCUACUACCUGAACCAAUUAGAACGGAUUACAAACCCCGACUACCUCCCUACUGAGCAAGAUGUGCUACGAUCCAGAGUCAAAACCACAGGCAUCAUUGAGACCAAGUUUUCCGUCAAGGACUUGAAUUUCAGGAUGUUUGAUGUGGGAGGGCAGAGAUCAGAGAGAAAGAAGUGGAUUCACUGCUUUGAGGGCGUCACCUGCAUCAUUUUCUGUGCAGCCCUCAGUGCCUACGACAUGGUGCUGGUGGAAGAUGACGAAGUGAAUCGUAUGCAUGAGUCUUUGCAUCUGUUCAACAGCAUAUGUAACCACAAGUUCUUUGCGGCUACUUCCAUUGUCCUCUUUCUCAACAAGAAGGACCUCUUUGAGGAAAAAAUCAAGAAAGUCCAUCUCAGCAUUUGUUUUCCAGAAUAUGACGGGAACAACUCCUAUGAAGACGCGGGGAAUUAUAUCAAGAGCCAGUUCCUUGACCUCAAUAUGCGAAAAGAUGUCAAAGAAAUCUACAGUCACAUGACCUGUGCUACAGACACACAGAAUGUCAAAUUUGUGUUUGAUGCAGUUACGGAUAUUAUUAUCAAAGAAAACCUCAAGGAUUGUGGGCUCUUCUAAUCCUCACCAUUCCUCAGGUAUAAUUCUAUCAACAGGCUUGAAAUAUGGGUAAUUUCAAGCAGAAAAUUAUAAUCAAUAUAUCAUGACAAGAAGAAUCCAUUCCCCUUUGGAGAUGGAGUCUGCAAUGGGUCUCAUACAUUCUUUUCAAGUUAGGACAGCUUAAAGAGCAGAAGGCUCAGUACUUGGGUUUUGCAACUUAAUACAAAAAUGUGA